ACAAAAAAAUAACUGAAGACCAAUUUUAUUCAAAGAUUUUACAGUAAAACAUUUUGAUAUUUUUCUAACUUAUUUUUCAAAUAUUCUGUGACCUACUGCAAUGUCACCUAACAUGCAAUGCAAACAGUGUUGUGUACUUAGCAGUUACAGAAUCAAGUGCCUUGAACCAGUUCAUAAUUCACCGUAGAAUUAUGAACUGGUCAUCCGAACCAAGUCUACUAUGGUUGCAUAGCAACAGGUUAAGGAAUAGAAAGAGCUUAUGGAUUUAAACCAAGGAGGGUCCGUAUUUCAUCAGACACAAGGGCCAAAAGCAACACAUACAUUGCUGUGGAAAAAAGGGUUAAGACUUUAUUCAGGCAUGCCUUUCCCUCCUUUAAAGGAGUAAAUAGUGCCAUCUAUAGGUUUUGGAAAAUAACUAUAAACACACAGUAACAUAUUACCUUGGAAAUUAAUUUUCUCUUUAACACACAAUAGUAAAUUACAAGAUUACAAGUGCGGUUCCUACAGAAAGCCAUCGAAACAUGCAAAAUCACAGCUGAUUUGACAUGGAUGCGUAGGGAUGAUCAGAUUUUCACAGUAACUAUUAAAACUUGUUUGCUCCCAAACAUUUAUCACCACUAAUUCCCAUAUAUAAAUGAAAAGAAAGCAAGAGAGAGAAAAAAAUGCAAAGUUCAAUCGUAGCUAAUGGGUGAAACUAUUAACAUGCUGGACUUCAAAGAACAUUCUGGAAAUGUAAACUGAGGGAGUGUACAAACACAAGCGCUGCAACACUUCUUUCUCCCCUUUCUUUUGUGCGCGCUCCUGUCACAGGACAAUAAAACUCUUGGCACCGCGCGCAAGCGUUGCUUGGUAACAAAAGUUAAACAGGACAAAGCUUCUUUUUGGAGUACAGUCUGAAGAUCCUCCUCUGAUUCUCAAGCAAUUCAGUUGUGGACCUCAUUUAAAAACUGUAAGUAAGAAAAACUUAUUUAAGUCUUCCUUCACACCGGAAAGGAGAUGAAAUGAAUUCUGGGUAACAAUGGCUGGUUGGGGCAAACUGAUGGUUUUUACACACUCUUGCAUAAUCCUUUUACCUUUAAUCCUUUAGCCUUUCUGAAGUUGUCGAGCACAGGCAAAAAAAUAAAAAUCACAUUAACAAUAAAAUGUUUAAAGAUAUAAAUAUUCUUUAAAAAGUGCUUACUGACUGAUUUAGUUCGGUGAAUACAGGUACAAAUAGUGGCACAACUAGCAAAGUUAGACACUGAAGCCUAAUAAUUUAUCACAGUAUUUAUAUAUUUUUUUUCUUCAAAAAAUAAUAAUUUCAAACUAGCCAUUUGGAUCAUAUUUUUAAAACAAUAAAAAUGACAAAUUAUGAGAGAGUGUCUAACUUUAUUAACUCUAAUCUGUUUUAUUUAUAUGGUAAGUGUUAUUGAAUCAUUGGUACAACAUGCAAAAUAAUUUUUUAUUAAUUUUAAUUUUGGUAAAAAUGUGAAUACUCUAAACUAUGACUCACAUUUUAAAAAGCAUAUGUAUCAGUUAGAAAGUAUAUUUUGGUAACAAACGAUUUCUGGUCUUAAAUCAUGUAGUCGCGGCAUCAAUUAUAUUUCAUAUGUCACAAAUAUAGCAAUACCAUCCAAUUUUCUCUCCGUUUGGAGGGGUUCAGAAUCAGCGAAUCACAAACAACAUGAAGAUGGAUCACACCGAUGGUCAGGUCUCUGUAAUUGCACCUCUCGGAUGCAACGGAUUCAAAAACAAAAGGUCUAAUAGAAACAGGAUGAACCGUAUUAGCCCAUCUACCAAUGUGAUUAAUGAGUCGCCAAAGGGCUUACAAUGCAGCCACUCCUCCUUUUUAAUGGGAAGAUAUGAAGGGAGCGAGUUUAAAUCUCUUUCCAGUGUCAUUUAUCAAAGUACUGAUUUGACUCUCUCCACACAGUCACACGGAUUGCUAGCGCCGCCCCGGAUCAAUCAGACGGAACACAAACAGCUUUUCCCAGAAUAUGUGUUGGGUGCUCGCCGUAUACACUGUUAUCUAGUAUUAGCCUUAAUUAGAGAACGACAUUAUCCUAAAAGAUCCCUUUAGGGUGAGUUGGGUGAGUGAGUCGGUUGUAAACAUUACACCCCUCUCAUUCCCCAAACGGCCCGACACCUCCGUGCCCCCCAAUACUGCCUGUGGGCAUACAUGAUACCUCUUUCCCUAUGCAAACAACUAAACUGUCCCGUCAUUAAGUCAUACAUGUUUAAAGCUACGAGGUCCUGAGAUAAUAAUUACAUGACUUGAGUUAAGACUUAAUCAAAUUGAUGCUUCAGAAGCGCUUAACCAUUAAUCUGUGUCUAUACAGCUCCAUGGCUAAAGGAAAGAGAGCAGGCGGAGCCAAAGGUACGAAGAUCACCUUGAAAAUGGCUAAAAAUGCUCUCAGAGUAACUCCAGAUGGCAAACUACGACUUGAUCUGAGCAACGUAGGCAUCGCCACGUUUCCCAAAUGCCUUCUAAAGUUAAGAAACAUAGAGGAACUUGACCUGAGCCGCAACAAAUUGAAAAUAAUCCCAGAAUUCAUUGGCCAGCUCAGUGGACUGCGUUGGUUAGACCUUCACAGCAACCAAAUCGAACAACUGCCCGAAAGCAUUGGACUCCUGGGAUCUCUGCUCUACCUCAACCUCUGCAACAACAAUCUGGACUCUGCCGGUUUAUCGCCUGACAUAGGAAGUCUGAGAAACCUCCAGGUUCUCAACUUGGGUAUGAAUCGUCUAAACGCCCUCCCUCCCACCUUGGCCACCCUAACAAACCUGACAGAGCUGGGACUUUUUGAUAACUUGUUCACACAGAUACCGGAAUGCAUAAAUGCGUUGCCCAACCUGACGAAGCUGAACACCAAACGCAACCCUGUUUCCUACACACAGCGAGAUGGCAAAGACUCUGACUCUGUAAAGACAAUGGGAAAUCUGUUUUUGGUGAGAGAGAGAGAUUUGUGCCAUCCUUGUCAAGAGAGGUGCAGAAGGAAAAAGAUGCUUGAGAGGUCGCAAAGAAAGAAUAAUUUUUAGGGCUGAUCUCGCCGAACUCUGUAGCUCGAGGUAAUCAAGAAAAUUGGCGGCAGCAGACUACUAGCUCACCUCCAAGUUUUCAAAAAGGACAAGCCAGAC